AUGACGACAAAGUUUAUUUAUCCCGUGGACAAAACGAUUAUUUGGAGUACAAUCAGUGGGAUCACCAUUUUAACCAACUCGUAUAUGUUAAUCUUAAUAUGUCGGAAAAAUAGAUUAUGGUCGUCGAUUAACGCCAUCUUGGCAAGCAUGUUUACUGCUGGUAUAUUAUUUGGAUCUAUCUAUUUAAUACCUAGAUUCGCCUAUGGAAAUUUGAUGGAAUUAGGUUCAUUUUGCCACCUCGUAAUCUCGUUUGGUCAAGCAUUAAGUGUCAUUUUUAUGUUACAUCAGUGUUUAGUAUGUCUAGACCGUUAUUUGGCAGUUCUUUCCCCACUUAAAUAUCGUCUAUAUACUGACAAUAAAAUCGUAAUUACGGUUGUCUUAUUGAUCUGGUUACUAGCUUUUACUGGUGCUUCUAUUCCAUUAAUGACAUUUAGCCCAAUUCAAGGACCAAUUUGUAAUCUAACAACGCAACAUGUGGAGGCUGAAACAGUAUUUUUAUUUACGUUGUUGGGUGCAUUAUUUUUUCUACCUUUACUGGUUAUAUUAAUAACUUACGCUCACAUUAUUCAUAUUUUUAACCAUCGUGAUCCUUUAGUUUUACCUGUACAUCAAAAUAGUACAAAAUUAAGCUUCUUACAGAAAAAUCGUAAACUAGUAAUGAAUGUUGCUAUUAUAACAUCAGUAUUAAUUGUAAUGUGGUGCCCUUAUGUUACAAUUGUUUUAAUAUAUAGGGUUAAAACAAGCUAUUCUCCUUUUGAACUGACAGUUAUAAACAUUGUUCAGUAUUUCGCUUUCAGUUAUCCUGCAGUAUCGCCACUACUUUAUGCCUAUAACAUGAAGAGUUUAAGACGGGAAGUUAUUAAAGAUUACAACGCUUUCUGUUGCAACAGACAACGUCGACGAGUGCAUACUGAAUUAUCAAUACGUCAGUCCAAUAUAUCUAAUGUUAAUCAUACAAAUUUAGCGAGAAAGUUUCCUCCAGAAUUAGAUUAA